AUGCUUUUCUCUAAGCUCUACCUCGCUGCUACGUUCCUGGCUGGUGCCUUUGCUGUGCCCCUGCCGAAUAAUGAAAACAUUAACAGCCCAACCUACAGCAUCAUUGCCUACUCCAUUGGCAAAGAUGCAAAGCGCGACAGCGCCCUCUCCACCGAUAGAAACCUAGCUCGCGCGGCGGACAUAGCUCUAGCUAAGCGCGAGGAAGCUGGUGCCGAGUACAGCGUCCUCCUAUACUCGAUCGGGAAAGAAGAGAGGGACGUGAAGGAGAAGCGAGAUGAGUAUAGUGUUCUUGUGUACUCUAUCGGUAAGGAGGGGGAGGUUGAGGAGAAGUAG